ACGGAUACUGUGGUCCAUAGACUGAGUCGGUCUUAGGUAAGUCGGUUAGGAGGAACGUCUUAGUGGUGUGGAGCGGAACCGUCACUGGGUUGUGUGUUUGUCACCAUGGUAGACACGCGUACCGGAACGAGCACCUCCCCCUAUACCGCAAAGCAGGAUGCGAAGACCGCCGCUAUCCUGAAAGAGAGAAGAGAGAAGGAGGAGGCCAAGAAGAAGGCCCUCAUAGAGGAACAGGUGGCCAAAUUGAAGAAGAUUGAGGAGGAGAGGGCCAGAGAGAGAGAGAGGCUGAGGAAAGAGCAGGAAGAGAAGUUGAAGGCGGUAGAAGAGGAGGAAGAGGUAGAAGAACAACCGCCGGAAAGGAGAAGAAGGGGGCAAGGAGGUGAAUCCCGUGGUACAAAGGAAGAUCAGAUGGAGAAGAAAAUUACGGAGUGGGUUGCUGGCUUAUCCCUGGGAGAAGAAGAGGAGGCACUAAUGUAUGUGCCCAGGGAAGAACAAGAGGCGGUCAUGAGAGAGUGGGAUGCAGAAGAAGAUCCACUCAAGCGGCAAGCUAUAGAAGAUGAGAAGAGGAUGGAGUGGAAGUUCCGAUUGACGAGGGAGAGGAAAAAGAGAAUGCAGGUGGCGAGCCAGGCGGCGAAAGAAUUGGAGGAGGUAAAGAAACAAAGAGAGCAGAUGGCGACGCAAGUAGACCUACUGGGGAAGAUGGAGAUUAUGACGAGAAAUAUAGAGCGUCUGGCCCAGGUCCAGGAAAAACAAUAUUUGUUUGUUAGAGGUCAGGAUAUUGCCUUACGCUCUAUACGGCUGGGGCUCAGGGACUUUGCAAGGGAAUUGGCGACGCAGGUGGGCUCAAAGGUGAGGGCCCGCCCAGAGGGCACGGAGCGUUAUUGCACGGGCGCCAUAGAAGGCGGCAGACUAACUGCUCCCAAGGAGGGGGAAGCGCGUCCCCGUAGGGAGCCUGUCAAGGUCAAGUUCCCGGACCCCUACAACGGGAAGAAGGAGGAAAAUUUUGAUAAUUGGGAAGCCAAUAUCAAAACAUAUGUGCACCUACAGAAAGUCUCCCCGGAUGAGCAUGUCCUGAUAGCCGUCCAUGCCCUUCGGGACGAAGCGGCAAGCUUCGCCCGUUCUCUCUGCCGUGCCGCCAACUGCAAUGAUGAUCUUGUUGCCUAUUCUGCGUUCACGCCCCUCAAUGACUUUCUUAAGUUAUUAAGGGAACGGUUUGCAGACGUCUCGCGUAGUGUCAAAACCUCUGAUAGGCUGCAAACCAUCCACUCCCGCAAGUGGAAGAGUGCCAAGGCACUCAAGGGCGUUUUGGACGAAUUAGUCGCCGUCCCGGACCAUGGGGUCACGGAGACCCAAUUGGUCAACCUCUUCCAUCGUGCGAUGCCCGAGCAGUUACGCGGGCACUUCUUCGAAAAGAGUCAGCAGCCCAACAUGACAUAUGACGCUUUGAGCAAAGAAGUUGUAGCAUUCGAAGUGAGGUCCAUGUCAAUUUCCACUUUCUGGCAUAAGGACCUGGAUAAGGGCAAAAAGUGGAAGGGUUGUACCAUCUCAGGACAAGUCAAGACCAAGGAUCGCUUGAUCAUUACUCUAGAUGAGGGUAGUGUCGACGAAGUCCCCUACGAGCAGAUUGAGUGGGGGCUGGAGGAGGAGGACAGUAGCGUUAGUCAGGGGAAAACAUACGCUGCUGUCGCGGUUGGAGGGAGGCCACAAGGAGGAGGUGGAGGCCAGGGCCAAGGCGGCCAGGCCUCAGGUGGCCAUACUCAGGGCGAUCAGGGGGUUGGUGGUAGAGGAGGAAACCGCCAAGCGGGAGGAAGGGGUCAAGGUGCCCCGCAAAACCGUUUUGGGAAUAGGUCGCCCAAUAGAGGGAAUAGAUCACCGAAUAGGAGAAACAGGGCACCCUCUUGGAGAGGUGGUGGCACCCAGGGCUGCCACAGGGCCGACCUUGGGAAGACUUGGGCCUGGACCAGCGUUUAUGGCAACAGCGUGUGGAUCAGGGGCAGUGCAUAUAUUGCGGUGACCCUGGCCACAUCAUCAAAUAUUGUCCGAAGUAUAGAGAGGCCCGUUCUGCUGCCCAGGGGUCAAAAGGCAGCUGCCGGUAGGGGUAGCAACUGCCCCUACCACAAGGCCAUGUGGGGAAGCGAAUGCGAGCCGGCAAGAAACUCCCACACCACAUGUGCCAAUGGCAGAGGUUGCAGGCUGGUGCCUAGAUAGCUGUCCAGAGACUGCUUGCGUUAGAGUCUCUCUAGGCACUUCCCUCAAGGGCGUGGCCGAUGAGUUAAAGGAGAGAAUGCCCGCCUGGGCCAAGAUAAAGAAGGAGAGUAGAGGACAACUAGUUUUAGUAGAUGUAGAGAUUUUCAGAGGUAGAGUAGGGGUCCUAUCCUAGAGAAAGGUUGGAUUAGACCCAGUUCGUCUCCAUUUGGAACACCUGUUCUAUUUGUCCCAAAGAAGGAGGGAGAGCUCAUAAUGUGCAUUGACUACAGGGGUCUCAAUGCUAUUAACGUG